AUGGCGGCCAGCAAAGCUGGCGCGGUUCUCGCAAAGAUACUCGGUAUCGAUCUCGAAGCCAGCACCCGCCACCAGACACAAGAAUUACAGGACCAUGUUGUUAGCGCCAUUUCACCAUACGAACCAUACUAUGAGGAGGAUCCGACAGUCAAGGAGUGGUUGUCGGAGCAAGCACCGACAAAAGAUGGGUCGGUUCGCUAUGUCAAAAGCCUUUUCCCUUUUACCAAAUGGGUUCUGAGAUACAACACUCGCUGGCUCAUCUCGGAUGCCAUCGCGGGAAUCACACUUGGUCUCGUUGUCAUCCCACAAGCCAUGGCCUACGCUCUUCUCGCUCGUCUAAGCCCCGAAUAUGGACUCUACACAUCAUUCACCGGCGCAGCUCUUUAUUGGAUAUUCGGAACCUCAAAAGACAUUGCUAUAGGGGCAACCGCCGUAGUCUCCCUUCUCGUCGGAAAAGUAAGCGCCAAAGUCCUCGAAGAACACCCGGGCGAGUUCCAAGCCGAAGAAAUCUCCAAAACCCUCGCCUUCCUCGCCGGCGCCGUCCUCCUCGUCUUCGGCCUCCUCCGCCUCGACUGGGUCAUCGAGUUUAUCCCCCACGUCGCCAUCUCCGCCUUUGUCACCGCCGCCGCCAUCACAAUCACCCUCAGCCAGAUCCCCUCCCUCCUCGGCAUCGACGGCGUCAAUUCUAAGGAGGCCGCUUACCGCGUCUUCAUCAACACGGCCCGCGGCCUGCCCCGCGUCAAGCUCGAUGCCGCCAUUGGGCUGACGGCCCUAUUCCUGCUGGCCGCCAUCAAGUGGUACACCGAGCGCAUGGCCAGGUCCCAGCCGAAGUGGAAGCGCAUGUGGGAGAUGCUCUGCUCGCUGCGCAUGACUUUUACUAUCCUGCUGUAUACCCUCAUCAGCUUCCUGGUGAACCGGGGGCUGGAGAAUGGGGAGCACAAGUUCCGCAUUACGGGGACGCUGCCCAAAGGCUUCACGCACGCUGGCCCGCCUUCGUUGAAUCCCAAAUUGGUAUCGGCGCUGCUGCCAGAUCUCCCAGCUACGGUCAUCAUUCUAGUGAUUGAGCACAUUGCUAUCGGCAAGUCGUUUGGCCGCAUCAACAACUAUACCGUCCAGCCGUCUCAAGAGCUCAUCUCGAUUGGGUGCACCAACUUGUUCGGCCCCUUUUUAGGCGCAUACUCCUCGACAGGCUCCUUUGGCGGCACCGCAAUCCUCUCAAAGGCUGGAGUGAGGACCCCCAUGGCUGGUGUCUUCAACGCGGCGAUCCUCCUCCUCGCGUUGUAUGCUCUCACUUCAGUGCUCUACUAUAUUCCCAUGGCCAGCCUAGCAGCUCUCAUCAUUCAUGCCGUGAUCAACCUCAUAACCUCGCCAGACCACAUCUUCAAAUCGUGGCUCAUGUCACCACCCGACAUCGUCAUCUACUUUAUUGGCGUUUUCGUCUCCAUCUUCACCAGCCUCGAAGACGGCAUCUACGCCACCGUCGCCCUCUCCGCAGCCCUCCUCCUCCUCCGCCUCGCCCGAUCCAAAGGUCGCUUCCUCGGCCGAGCCCACGUCUACCAGCACCCAGAUCACGCCCGCACACCGGACCACAGAGACUCGGACAGCCAUUCCAUCAGCAGCUCACAGACCCUCUCCCACAGCAACGCGCCCCCGUCGCCUCGCCUCUCGUCACACGACGUCUUCCUCCCACUAGACCGCAAAGACGGCACCAACCCAGCCGUGCAAGUCAACGCUCUCUACCCUGGCGUCUUCAUCUACCGCUUCACAGAAGGCUUCAACUACCUCAACCAGGCACAAUACAUCGACCGCCUGAUCGAGCACGUCACGCACUCCAUCCGCCGCACCACAACGCCGCACUACGACCACCCAGGCGACCGCCCAUGGAACGAGCCAGUCCCGCCCCCCGCAACGGUCGAAACCGACACCGCGUCCCCAUCGCUGCUGAAGCCGAUCCUCCGUGCCAUUAUCCUCGACUGCUCCGCCGUCAACAACAUGGACUCGGGCGCUGUCGAGGGCCUGAUGGACCUGCGCAACCAGCUCGACAGGUGGGCGGCGCCGGAGCCGGUGGCGUGGCACUUUGCCGGCUUGCAUAACCGCUGGACGCGGCGUGCGCUCUCGGUGUCGGGGUUCGGGUGUCCGAGGACGGGACACUUGGAGGGCUGGGAGCCGGUUUUCAGUCUGGCUGAUUUAGCUGGCCGGCCACCUAUGCUGUGCGAGCAGCAGAGCGUCACGAGGCGGUCGAAAUCGGCGUGCGUGGUGAGCGAUUCGGAACAGGUGUCGUUGUCGUCGGCAUUGGAGCAUGGGGCUCUGGGGUCCAAGGAGGGAGGAAUUCGGUACCUCGGUGCCGUCAGUGCUAUCAACAGACCAUUCUUCCAUCUUGACCUGCCUUUGGCGUUGGAGAGUGCUGUCAAGAGUGCUCGGGGAAGGGAUCAGCGACCACAUAUGCAGGUUUGA